AUGCCGGGUACGGUUUCUGAAGGGCCCACGGUUGCCCUAUCUUUUGCCAAUAAUUUCUGGGGAAAGGAUGAUGCCGGCGUUGCGCCCAUGCUAGAGCGCAUGCAAGCAGCUAAGCUCUCUUGCGAUGAAUUGAAGACUUGGUACAAUAUCCGCGCCGCGAUCGAAGAUGAGUAUGCACGGAAGCUCCUUACACUCUGCCGCAAGCCUCUCGGAGCACACGAGACGGGAUCUCUUCGGGAGUCUUUUGAUACUGUGCGAGCAGAGACAGAGGCCAUUGCGAAAGCGCAUGCCGCCAUCGCAGGGCAAAUGAAGAGAGAGCUAGAAGAGCCGCUGAUCGCAUUUGCCGGUGGUAACAAAGAACGAAGAAAGAUCAUCCAAAAUGGCAUUGAGCGCAUACAUAAGACUAAGAUGCAACAGACACACACCGUGAAUAAGGACUGCCUAAGAAUAAAAGGUUAUUUGGCGCAAGGUCACAUGGUGAUGGGCCAAGAGGAGCGAAAGAACAAGGCGAAGCUCGAGAAGACCCAGAUUCAGCUAGCGUCUAGCAGCAGUGAGUAUGAUGCCGCAGUUAAAGUGCUUGCUGAUACCACCGAACGCUGGAACAAGGAAUGGAAAGCUGCCUGUGAUAAAUUUCAAGACCUUGAGGAAGAGCGCAUCGAUUUCACCAAGAGCAGCCUUUGGACAUACGCCAAUAUUGCGUCCACAGUGUGCGUAAGCGACGAUGCUUCCUGCGAGAGAAUCCGUCUUUCACUGGAGAACUGCGAAGUCGAGAAAGAUAUCAUCCACUUCAUUAAGGAAAGAGGCACGGGUCAGGAAAUACCCGCUGCCCCAAAGUUCAUCAACUUCUCUCGAGGAGACGUGAACGAUGCCAGCUCCGAUGUGUCCGAGGAAGAAGGCUAUUCUGUAGCUCAAUUCCAGCGCACUAUCAACCCUGCAUUCCGCAGCUCCUCACCGCAGCCAUCUACUUACGAGUCUCAUCAUGAAGCGCCGCCUGUGGACCUGGCUCAGAACGGUCCUUCAACACCUUCGAGCAGAGAGCCUACCGUUCCUUUGCAGAAGCCAACGCAGCCACCGAUGCAGCCACCUACGCAGGCACCAAUGCAGGCACCAAUGCAAUCGCCAAUACAGCAGCAGCCCCCUCCUCUAGAUUUCCGCCGAGGAGGCCACCUUCCGCCAAAUUACGAUCCCAACCAGCACGGUGAGAUUUCGGCUGUGCCACACAAUGCGUAUCCAACCGAUGGUAUGACAAUGUUUUGCCGAACCGGUCCUCCAUCCGAACGCAGCUCAGGAACAACUAGUGGCUACCGCCCAUCCAGCCAAGACUCCCAUAGUGAAGUCUCCAACGCCACUUCGAUAUCUAGCCAGGAGCCUCCCAGCGCCAGACAGUCUCCGACCAAGCCAAUAAAUGGCGUGGCUUUGCCAGGUAUAGGUAGCGGAGAGGUACAGCCGGCGCAGAAAAAGAAAUUCUUUAGCAACAGUCCGUUCCGACGCAAGAGCCGCCAUGACAAAGACCGCAAUUCUGGACCCUCUCAGCUUCCUAGCCGAAGAACCUGGGACUCUCCUUCCAAACAAACCACUCCUAUCAAAGCUCCAACUCCUCAAAAGCCUCAACAACCUCAGCCACCGAUUACGAAGGCGGCAGAUGAUAUUGCCAGAUCUGCUAGCCCUGAACCGGUUGAUCCAAGGGCUAACUUUCAACUAAAUGUUGGAAACAACGUGUUUGAUGUUGCCUCUCCAGAUAAACCUAAACCGACCAAUGGUGCGGAGCCGGCAAAUGAUGGAGAGGACACCGACCCCAUCGCGCGCGCAUUAGCGGAUCUAAAAGUGGCUGGAAAGCAGUCGGCAACCCGUGUCUCUGCUGAUAGGUAUCAUGGUAUUGCUACGCCAGUUCCUUCUGCACCUGCAUCGAACUUCACUGCAAACUCCGUGGCCACACCACCCCCGGCAUAUAACGAUGCCUCAGUGAAGCGUCUCGAUGCUCCCCAGCCGGCCUUCACCUCAAAGCAAAUGCAAAAAACCACCCAGCAAUAUACAGGUAAGACCCAUAAUAUGCUCCGGGGCAAAGCGAACCCGGUCUCGGUGUCUAGUCGCAGCCCCAGGCAGUCUCAGGAAGCCACUCGAGCGCCAUCACCCGCUGCUCCUAGGCGAAGCGUAAGCCCUCAACCGCAACCGCAACAGCAACCGGCCACUCGAGGAGAGUCACGAAUGAGUCAAUACAGUCGCGCUGCAAGCCCCAAUACAAGCCAAUACCAAUCGAGCAGCGUGAAGAGUCGUCACAGUCAAUCCCCAAGUGUCUCUACUCCCCCACAACGCCCAAGCGACUCUCCAUAUUCGCCUCAUGACUUUGCAAAGCGAAGUUCUGCAAGCGCUGCUCCAUCGCCAACUACAACCACAGCUCCCAGGGCACCCUCACCGAAGGAGUUUGCCAAGCGAUCUUCUCAGAGCUCAGCUUCUCGAGCCGCAUCCCCGCAGCCACAAUUCAAGCAGCAAGCCUCCGUCCCUCGAGCUGUAUCCCCACAGCCGCAAUACAGACAGCAAGCUUCUGCCCCUCGAGCUGUAUCCCCACAGCCGCAAUACCGACAGCAAGCUUCUGCCCCUCGAGCUGUAUCCCCACAGCCGCAAUACCGACAGCAAGCUUCUGCCCCUCGAGCUGUAUCCCCACAGCCGCAAUACCGACAGCAAACGUCCAUUCCACGCGCGGUCUCACCCAAUGACUUCGCCAAGCGGCCCUCUCAGAACUCUAUGCCAAGGGCUGUAUCACCCCAGCCUCAGUUCCGGCAACAAGCUCGACCUUCGAGCGCCGGUGGAAUGGAGCUGCAGCUUUCACAGCCGGAUAUGUACGGCAGUAGCGGCGACGGAUACGCAUCCCCGCAGAGGGAAUCUAGAAGACCAAUGUCGUACUAUGAUGGUGGUAGUCAGCGCAGUCGAUCCAGGAGUCGAUCGAUGGCGGUCGCGGAUCCAGGAAGACAGUUUAGCCGUGAUGGCCGCCCCAUUUUGCACUUUGCCCGCGCACUGUACAGCUACACCGCUGCCAUUCCUGAAGAACUUGGAUUCCAGAAAGGUGAUGUCCUUUCCGUUAUCCGGCUUCAGGAUGACGGUUGGUGGGAAGCUGAAGUCACUACCACCCGCCUAAGGACGGGGUUGGUGCCAAGCAAUUAUCUCCAGAUCAUUUAG